AUGUUCCAAAUAGAGGACAACGAUCCAUGCACAGAAAUCAAACGGAUCCGUCUGUAUGCCUAUAGAGAUAUCAAAGCAGGGGAAGAGCUCACGAGGUGUUAUUUGGUUCCUCAGUCACUCAAUAAGCCAGCUCCAGAAAGGACAAGAAGAGCGUUAUCUCAAACACGCGACCUUGCCAAAAAGAAGAUGAGACUGGAAGAUGAUGUUGUGGAGAGACGUGCGUGGAUUUGGAAUACUUGGGGCUUUUAUUGUAUAUGCCUUAAAUGUGUUGGUCAGUGGGAUAUCAUUGUUCGGUUUGGUCCUGCGAUUAGUGUGAAGUGGAAAUGUCUUGACAGGUGGGUAAUCGACUACUCCAUGUCAGAUCAAGAGCUAUCUACCUUACUGAGCGGGUUCAUUGCGGAAUGGGAAACCAAGAAUAUGAGGAUUACCCCUAAAGAAAAGAUUCAAAUAAUGGCUCAACGUACGGUCUUCACGUUGAGAAAGUUUGGACAAAGGGUGAAGAUUCGGGAAGUUUUGAAGCUAAAGCGCAAUGAUAAACACAAGCAGAACAUGGAAGUUACGAAACACUCGCGGUACGCGAAGAUUAUGUGUUUAACGUUUGACUGA